CGCCAUUGACGCCCACUCACUGUGAAGAUUCCAGGUCAAAUAUAUAAAAGAGAAGCCAUUGCCACGUGCAAAAUACAUGGAUUCCUACAUAAUCACCAUUGAACGAUACAAUCACCAAUAUUGACCGAAAGUCCUGAAAACCAGCAUGGAUCACAACCACAAUCCCACCCUUGCCUACCAAGGCCCCAAACUACCUAACGUCCCCGAAGACCUCGUCGUCCCCGGGGUCCUACACCUCGACACCCACAACGAACGCCUAUGGGUACCCCAAGCCCCAGACGUCUGGUUCUGCCCACUCUGCUUCAACGUCUCUCACGGCUACUUUGUGAACAUCCUCCGGGUCCGGAAAAGCGGGAUCCUCUCGAGACACAGACAUACAGGCCCCGUGCAUGCCACUGUCCUCCGGGGCCGAUGGCACUAUCUUGAACAUGACUGGUGGGCCGAGGAAGGGGGUAUGCGUUUGAGCCACCCGGGGAUAUCCAUACGCUGGAGGUUCCCGGGGACGUGAAGGAAAUGAUGACGCUGUUUCAUGUUACUGGGGCUUAUAUCUACGUGGAUCCGGAUGGGACGGC